AUGAGGAAUGUCAAAGAAAGUAUUGCACCUAAAUUGGGUCUCAAGCCAGAAGAAGUUAAAAUAAUUUUUGCUGGAAAAGAAUUAGGAGACACAAUAAAGAUAUCUGAGUGCGAUUUAGGGCAGCAAAGCAUAUUACAUGCUGUAAAGAACAAGAAGAAAGUUGUUGUUCCACCAAUUAACAUAAGCGAAGAAAUUAUAGAAGAAGGUUCAAAACCACUGUGUGAAACUCUGGGUGAUUUUGCUGAAGGAGAAGUGAAUGAUGUUGAAAGCCAACACAAAACUAAAGCACAUUUUUAUGUGUUUUGCCCCACAUGCAAAAGCCUUAAGACUGGAAAACUAAGGGUCAGAUGUCAUUUUUGCAAAAUAGGUGCUUUUACAGUUCAUUCUGAUCCUCAAAGUUGGAAUGAUGUAUUGGAACCAAAAAGAAUAACAGGAACUUGUGAAAAUAGCCCUGAACUAUGUGAAAAUAUUCUCAAUAAUAGAGAACCCACAUUUGCUCAGUUCUACUUUAAAUGUUCAGAACAUAUAUCAUCCGGGGAAAAUGAUGAAGCAGUACCAUUAUAUUUAAUUCGACCCAAUUUGAAAGAAAUUCCCUGCCUUGCCUGUGGAGAUAUAAUUGAAACAGUAUUUGUUUUUCCUUGUGCACAAGGCCAUGUUGCAUGUCUGGAUUGUUUUCGACAAUAUUGCUUAACAAGAUUGAGGGAGAGACAGUUUUGGCAACACCCAGAAUAUGGUUACACCUUGGGAUGUCCCAUAGGAUGUCCUGACUCUUUUAUUUCAGAAAUUCAUCAUUUCAAACUUCUCACUCAGGCACAGUAUGAUCAAUAUCAAACAUUUGCUACUGAGGAGUUUGUGCUCCAGUCUGGAGGAGUUUUAUGUCCUCAACCUGGAUGUGGUAUGGGAAUUCUAGUAGAUCCUGGAUGUAAUAAAGUUGCAUGUGUAAAUGGUUGUGGGUAUGUGUUCUGUAGGAUGUGUUUGCAAGGGUAUCACAUUGGGAGCUGUCUUCCAACGAAUUCAUUAGGGGAAACGUCGUCUUUAAAUUGUAAUUUUGACGUCGAUCCCAAAAAAGUAUCUGAAGCACGAUGGGAUGAGGCUUCUAAAGUCACUAUUAAAGUUCUUACAAAACCUUGUCCUAAGUGUAGAACUCCAACUGAACGAGAUGGUGGUUGUAUGCACAUGAUUUGUACAAGAUCAGGGUGUAAUUUCCAUUGGUGUUGGGUUUGUCAAACUGAAUGGACUCGGGAAUGCAUGAGCAAUCAUUGGUUUGGCUAGAAGGAAAUGCAAGGAAACAUUUUCUACAGAAUUUGGUAAAUGAUUUUUUAAUACCGAAAUAUUUAUCCUACGGUGGAAUGUUAUUUUAUUUUUUAUUGUAAGAAUUGUUUUUUUUGUAUUAUUCUACUUUUUGUUGAAUUUUCGCUUAUACUCAUCAAGUUGGCUGUAAAAACAAUUACUUGUAAACAAUUAAAACAUAAACUGUACAAAUAACAAA